CAUUGAAAGAUGCACAAGGAAACCCUGACAGCCACUAAAUGAAAUACAAAGAGGGUGAACCAAAAGUCAAGGCAGAGGCAGCAUGAAAUACCAAGAUACAACCCCAUCAACAAGUGCAGUGGGUGCUGGGAAUCCGCCGGGCAGAGGGAGCAGGGAGCGUCAGCGUGAUUAAGUAAAGCGGGAGUCAGCGACGCGCCAAGCUUACGGGAAACGCACUUCAAGGGCACAAACAGGAUGCAAGGUCACAAAUGCAAGAACGUACAUGACGCGAGCAGUGACCUUGAGAAGCGCCCUCUGUGUGAUAGUCUCAGCCCUCGUCUUGAUGCUCGGCAACACCUAUUUCCGGUCACACACCAGGCUGUCUUCCUCAGUGUCCCCGGUGGUCACGUGGGCUGAAAUCCAGGGCCGGCCAAAGGAAAGUGGGCUGAAGGGUGAGAGGCCCAUGACCACCAGGCCCCACGCCGCCCCUGCAGCAUCCCCCAUGCCUGUUCCGCUCGGGUUGACUGGAACGCAGAUGACCCUGGAUAGGGGUCACGUAUGGAAGGUGACGGACACAGGCUGGAGGAGCACAGGUUCCAGGAGGACAGGGACCUGUCUGCUUUGUCUCCCACAGUGCCCCAGAGCACAGACCAGCCCCUGGCACGAAGCAGGUACUCAUCAAACGUCCCUCCCUGUCUUGCUUGUGAAGCCCGGUCGCCAUGCACUGGGCCCGGGGACACUCCUGGAACACCGGCAGAAACAGAAUUCUGAACUUCAGAAGCUGGGACAGCCCCCAAGAGCAAGGCGGCCAAUGAUAGGACUUCAAUUUUUCAUCACCGUCCGUGAAUCAACCCUUCGUUUACCAUCUGACGCCACCAGCUUGGAGGAGAAAGUGGCCACCUCCACAUCCUGUUAGCGCCCACGGGGUGACAAGUAGAGCCAGAGGUCGGGGCGGA